AUCUCUUUCUUUCUCUCUCAGAUAAACAUUUAACCCAUAAAAGCAAGGUGAUACAAUACAUAGAACGGCCUAAAAAACCAGCAAACAUUUCAUUUUUUCUCUGCUUUUCAAUUCAGUUUCGUGAGAAAAAAAUUGUUUACUACUUUUUCUUUCUUUAUUGAAGAUAUAUACUAUUCAUUUUCCUUCUUUCCAGUUUCAUCCAUGGAUAAUGCUCAAUGGCCGCAGGAGAUUGUAGUGAAACCAAUAGAAGAGAUAGUCACAAAUACAUGUCCAAAGCCUGCAUCUUUAGAGAGGAAGGUAAGACCUCAAAAGGAACAAGCUUUGAACUGUCCCAGGUGCAAUUCAACUAACACCAAGUUCUGCUACUACAACAACUACAGUCUCACACAACCUAGGUACUUUUGCAAGACUUGUAGAAGGUACUGGACUGAAGGCGGUUCCCUCAGAAAUAUUCCUGUUGGAGGUGGUUCAAGAAAGAACAAAAGAUCAGCUCCUUCUUCUUCAUCAUCAUCCAAGAAGCUUCCUGAUCUGGUUACACCACCAAGCUUGUCUCAGUCUUCUACUCAAAACCCUAAGAUCCAUGAUGGCCAAGAUCUCAACCUAGCUUUCCCAGCUAGUCAAGGUUACAGAAGUAUCUCUGAAUUGGUUCAACUUCCCGAUAGCAUAGAAAACAAUAAGAACCAAAUUCCUUCUUCUUCUUCAUCCCCUACAUCUCAACUUUCAGCUUUGGAGUUGCUAACUGGAAUCUCUUCUAGGGGGUUGAAUUCUUUCAUUCCCUUGCCAAGUCCAGAUCCAAAUACAGUUUAUACAUCUGGGUUUCCUAUGCAAGAGUUUAAACCAACGCUAAAUUUCUCUCUUGAUGGACUUGGUAGUGGUUAUGGGAGUCUCCAGGGGGUUCGAGAGACAACUGGGAGGCUUUUGUUUCCAUUUGAAGAUCUGAAACAAGUCUCAAGCUCAACUGAUAUUGAGCAAAAUAAAGAGCAAGGAGAUUCAACUGGAUAUUGGGCUGGAAUGUUAGGUGGAGGAUCAUGGUUGGCUUCACUAAGGGUGACAUGGGAUACUAUGUUAUGGUAGAAGAAGUGAUCAAGCAAAGCCAAGAUUUUUUUAGGGUCCGUAAAAAUGUAGGAGAAGAGAGGCAUGCCCUACGCCCUUUAUUACAGGUUGAUAUUCUCCUAUCAAGAGAGCAGAAGGCCAACCCUAUGCGUCAUUGGUUGGCUUGGUACAAGUACAAAAAUAAUGUAUAAUGUUCAAGUUUGUAAGGAAUUCCUGGUUGGAAAAAGAAGACUUUGUUCAUAAGCUUCUAAUUUCGAUUGAGCAAACAAAUUGUUGUUGUUAAUUGUCUUGAAUCUCAAAUUGGUAGCCGCAAUGGGACUUUAAUUUCUCUUUUUUUCGAUCUCUUGUUUUAUACUGUAGACAGGCUUUCAGAUAUUAUUAUAUGAACUGAGAAAAACAGGCUUUCAGAUUAUGACAUCAUCACCAUGAGAUACAUUCAUAUUCAUUCCAGAAAAUAGAUGGGAGCUUAGAAAGAAGAAUUGUGCCAGGUAAGUAAUCUGAUCCUUCCCACAUGCCAUUGUAAACUUGUGAUAAAGAAUUCCUGAAUGAAAAAAGGAUAGUAACUGAAAGGUUUUUGUGUUAUUCUGGAAGGCUAUAUUGAAACCUGCCCGAUCAGUCCAAAAGCUCACCUACUGAUUUUCUAUAUCCAAACAGUUUUGAAGGCUCCCUCACAUUAGCCCCAUUUCCAUGAGAGUGAUCAUUGCUUCCUUCCAUGCCACCCUCUUUCCCUUUUUCUAAUUGAAAGAUUGAGAAAGAUCUGGCAAAGCCUCCUUUUAGUCUUUGAGAAGGGACCCACAAACAUUCCCCUCGACAAGUGUGCUGAAGAAUAAUACAACCCCACUAAGGUUUUGAUCAAUCCAUAUCUAC